ACCACCAUAAGACAAGGUUGCACUGAUGCAGAACUGAUGCACAGAAGAAGUCACAAAAAUGCAGACAAAAACCACAGACUAUAUAUGAGGGGUCGAAAGGACUUUACAAAGACACCCAGCUAGGUUGCUGCAGUGAAGAUGCCUGCUCUGUACAGCCUUCUGCUUUUUUGUAUCCUGACAUGUCUCGGACAAAAUGUGCAUGGGAGUGAAAUCAUUGAGGGAAGAAAGGUCCCAGAUGAGUUAAUGACAUAUAUGGCCUCAGUGCAGAACAACAAGGGCCAUGUAUGUGGAGGGUUUCUCAUCAGGCAAGAUUUUGUGGUCACUGCUGCACACUGUUACAAAAGGGACCUUACCAGUGUUGUUCUGGGCACCCACAAUCUCAAGAAGGUUAAUAAUGGCAAAAUGAGGUAUAAUGUGACGCAAGCAUGCAAGCAUCCAGAUUUUAAAAAUGCUUUAUAUGGUGAUGACAUCAUGCUCCUCAAACUGUCUCAAAAAGCUCCCCUGGGCAAACGAAUAACAACCAUUAGGCUGCCAAAGGCUGGCAUGAAACUAAAGGACAAUGCGAAGUGCCACGUCGCUGGAUGGGGCUUUGUGAAAACUGGUGGUAAAUAUGUCGAUGCGCUUCAAAGUGUGGAUGUGACCGUUGUUAACCUGAAGGAGUGUCAGCAACAAUGGAAGCAAGUUGACACCAAUCUUCCACACAAUAUUACCUGUGCUGGUGGAUAUAAGACCAACAAAGGAUUUUGUGGGGGUGAUUCUGGUGGUCCUCUCGUGUGUGACGGGGUAGCAGUUGGUGUUGUAUCUUUCAACCACAAAAAAGACUGUGACUACCCAAACAAGCCCAACAUCUAUACAGAUGUAUCAAAGUACCUGCCCUUGAUCAACAAUAUUCUCAGGCACAAGGGUUGUACAACAUGGGAUAGCACGGCAUAAUCAUUUAGUUUUUUGUUUGUUUUUUGCAGAGGUAUUUCAGUGGCUGCUGCAAGAGAAAACUUCAAAAAGAUGUUUUGCUUAUUUUUAUUUCAUUUUCAAAAAUUUGCUUUUUUUUGAUAUUCAGUCAGUAACAAUCACAGGUGUGUAAUAUUGCUUUAAUGUCAGUGAUGAAUGAUGUCAGUGAAAAGUGGUAAUGCUUUCACAGCUGACUGUGAGAAAACUGAUGCUCGUGCUUGAACCUGGAAACAGUGGCUUCUGUGGUGCAACUUCUUUGUUAGACUUCAAAAAGAGACGUGUCUGUGGGCCAUCUCGUGUAGAUCCACACCAAAGAAUAGUUGUUUCCAUUAUGCUCUUCAUCAAUAAAAAUUUACCCUAC